ACUGUGUUCGUUACGCGGUCUUUCGGAACUAUCUUUGAAAAGUCGUGUUACUUAAUUUAGAGAUGGCGGACGCUCAGCAAGCUGUCAAUGUACACAGUACCAGUCAAAUGACUGACAAUAUAAGCAGAAAUGAUAUACUAAUCUGGGUUAAUAAGAGUCUACGUACUGGUUACUGUAAGGUCGAAGAGUUGUGUACAGGCACGCUGCUAUUCAAGAAGGUUAAGUUCAACACGAAGCUGGAGCAUGAGUACAUCAAUAACUUCAAAGUUUUGCAAGCACUCUUCGAUAAGCAUGGUGUAGACAAAGAAGUUCCCAUAGAGAAGCUGGUUAAAGGAAAGUUUCAGGACAACUUUGAGUUUGUCCAGUGGUUUAAACGCUUCUUCGACGUAAAUUAUGAUGGUCAUCCAUAUGAUGCAUUAGCAGCAAGGGGAGGUGAAAAAAUUGUUGGUUGUGGCAAAUCCCCGGGCAAGCUUGAUCAACCUCGCAAUAGUGUAACAUCAAGUCUUAAGCCUACUUGUCAAAAACAGAUUACAGCUGCACGAACUUGUCAACCGUUGUUUCGGGAGCAUCUGUCAACAAUCAUCAUUGUGCUGCUGGGGAUAACACAGAAAUGGCUAUCUUGAAGCAGCAAUUUGACCAACUUACUGUUGAGGCGGCACAGAACAAAACAACUAUUGACGGAUUGCUUCGUGAAAGGGAUUUCUACUUCAACAAACUACGAACCAUUGAGAUAAUCUGUCAGCAAAACCAAAACGUCGACUUAACCAAAAGCAUCUUUGAAAUCCUAUAUGCAACGGAAGAUGGCUUCACCGUUCCUGAAACUGAAGAGCCAGAAGAGUUUAAUCGAAUUCAUUUGUAAACAUCCGGUACUCCUAUUGCUUCUAGGCACAUAUAUGUCAAUCCGAUUGUCAGUAAUGGUUCCUGCUACUGUCUUUGUUCAUUAGCACUAUCUGCCUCUCAUUACUUGGAUGCUGAAAUUUUUGAUUUAUUUUUGCUUCUUGUGUAUUUGUGGAAUGUGUGAACUUCUUUUAAUUAUUUAAUUUUCUCUAGAAACUAAACUACUACUUACUGGACUUCCGCUCAUGUUUUACAUCAAGGCUUUUGUUUUCACCUAACUUGGUGAAAUAAGCAUCUGUCAUAAAAUCACCCAAUACUUUUCUUCAUUACUUUUCAUCGUUAUCUAAAGUUUUUAAGUGAGCUAUGUAAGAAUAACAGUCCUUCUUGCGUACUUGUAUUGCAAAGACUUUUAUCUAUUUAUGUGUUCAUAUAAGUUCCGUUGCUUCUUUGCGGGUAUUAUUCGUAAACAAGCUUGUGGACUUUAGUUUAUCAUAUUUAUAUGAAUACAAUAAACUUACUAGCCGAUCA